UGCUGCCGGGUCGUGUGUGUUUUUAUUUACGACGUUACAUUAGGUAUGAAGGAAGUAAAUAUAUAAUUGGUUGUGAAAUAGGAAGUGUUUCUGUCGCAUAGUUGACGUAGUGAUUUCGCGAAGUUUGCUAGUUUCCUUAGUACUGAGUAUACAUUGUUUACGCGCGGAUGAAAUUUUUGUGUCGGUCUCAUUAAAUAAGUGUCAAAAUUUAUCAACGAAAUGUAGAUGUAAAGUAUUUAGCUUCGUUCGAAAUGAAUUGCUUUAAUUAUUUGAGAUUUUUAAUUUAUAUUUCACUGUGAUGGACAUUAUUAAUAGGUAUCUUCAAUAUGGUCGGAAAACUCACGAACAUCUACACUUUGUUCUCCGUAGCAGUCUUUCUCUGUAUUUUGGAUCACGUCAACACAAAUCCAGCUAUUGCAACCGGCUACGAUCCUUUCGAAAUCUGCAUCGAGAACUGCGCUCAGUGUAAGAAGAUGUUGGGCGCUUGGUUCGAAGGAUCCCUCUGCGCUGAAUCCUGCAUCAAGUUCAAAGGAAAACUGAUUCCAGAGUGUGAAGACUUCGCUUCCAUUGCGCCUUUUCUCAACAAACUUUAAAAAAAAAAACUAGAUUGUCUAUGUAAUACUCGCUUCGAUUUAAAGGACCUGUCAAAUACUUAAUAGUUUAUAAUUUUUUUUUGAAGUUUUGUCGCGAACUUCGUAUGUAAUGCCAAAGCAUUUAACUUUAAUUAUGUAAGUCGUUACUUAUACAGGGUGGUAUGAUAUAAGAUUUUUGUAUAAUAGAGCAAAUAAAUAAAAUAUGUUAUUUUUAAA